CCUCCCCCUUGUCUCCACACCCAUCAACAGCCCCAAACAAUCAAUCACUCAGCUCUCUGGAGGAUUGAACACUUUACUAUACUAGGACCAGUGGUGAGCUAGCUAGCUAUGGAGUUCUCUGAGACAGCUAAAGCGAAUGCUCUCAAGUUUCUGGAGGAGGUGGCCAGCAAAGAGAGGCCCUCACUGGCCCCACACUACCCACAACUGUGCUUGGCUGAGGUGGAGGCAGAGUGCCUAGACCAGGCAAAAAACUACCUCGCUAAACUAUCGUGCCCUGGUAUCCUGUCGUACUACAUAUCAUGUGAGGCAUUUAAGAGAUUGUCCACUUCUCUUGACAAGUACCUCCUCCCAAGUGAAGAAGAGUCCAGACCAAUGUAUAACAGUGAUGGUGUGCUGAGUGAUCUCCUGAUAGAGCUGCACAGUGUGUGUGAAGAGUGGGCAGCCAGUCUACCGCUAAUGACUGCCCCAGUGGAUAAGGUGGAUCUCAGUAUCUUUGCUAUCAAGAACACUCGCAGGAAAAUGGAGGAUCGACAUGCGCUGUGUGUGGACGUGAAUGCCCUCUUUGGAUUAAAGGACUAUCCUCACCAAGCCUACUACUCUAUAUUCGAUGGGCACAUCGGAGUGGAGGCUGCCUCUUACGCUGCAAUAACUCUACUUACUAACCUUGUGAGACAUGAGCUGUUUAAAGAUGACCCAGAAGGCGCUCUCAAGGGCGCCAUUAAAGUCACUGAUGACAACGUUUGUAGCAAGAACCUGCCUCGCAGUGGCACCACGGCUGUGGCUUGUCUACAGAGAGGGAAUAAGGUGUACACUGGCUGGGUGGGCGACUCACAAGCUAUGAUUGUCAGGAAUAGUGUCCCCACUCAACUAGUCAAGCCACACAAACCAGAUCAAGACGAUGAGCAGCAGCGUAUUGAAGCGGCCGGCGGUGUGGUGCUGUGGAAUGGUGCUUGGAGAGUGAAUGGAAACCUAUCUGUAUCUCGUGCUAUUGGGGACGCUCCUGAUAAGAAGUUUGUAAUUGGAGUGGGUGAUGUAAGUGUGGCUGACAUUGAAGGAACAGAGGAUUACCUGAUGCUAGCGUGUGAUGGUAUCUGGGAUGUGUUGAGUAUGGAAGAGAUUGUGACGUGUGUACAAGCUCAUCUAACAAGCCCUGGGGGGUCUAAACAAACCGUUGCCAAGGCGAUUAUCCAGCUAGCCAAGAGUGAAGGUUCUGGAGACAAUAUGACAGUCAUUGUGUCGUUCUUUAGCACCUUCAUCCUACCAAUCCAAGACCCCCCACCAGCAUCUACAGAUGCUUCAGUGGAUACACAAUUGUCUGAAGAAAAGCCUAGUGCUGAGAAAGUGGACACUAGUGGUCAAGAGGGGGAAACCCCUAGCAAUUAGUGUUGCUAUAGUAGACGUUAUCACUUUUUGUGCGUAUUGCCAGGUUUGAUUUUUACAUAAUAAUUUUAUCACAGAGUUUAUGCACCGCACCCCUUUUAUUGAAAACGAAAGAUUUUGCAGUAAUAUUGAA